AUGAACCUGACAGGUUUUAACCAGUCCAAUCGCUGUGAGCAUUUCUCCUGUCCAGAGAGAUCUGUAUCUAAUGCAGUUUAUAUCUUACUGUACAUGUGUUCAGGUGCUGUUGUUGUUUUAACAGUGUGUGGAAAUCUGCUCAUAAUUGUCUCUGUUUUGCACUUCAAGCAGCUUCACACACCAACCAACAUGCUUGUGCUCUCUCUGGCUGUGUCAGAUUUCCUUGUUGGUGCUUCUGUUAUGUUUCCAAUGUUUAUCUGGAAGAUUGAAACAUGUUGGACAUUUGACACAGGUUACUGCAUCUGUUUGCUGAUCACUGCUUUUUUUCUUGUGAAUGUUUCUAUAUACAAUGUUGCUUUGAUAUCUGUAGAUCGAUAUUUGGCUCUUUCAAACCCUUUUUUUUACACAAAUGCAAUUACUGCAAAAUCAAUGUGUACGGUGGUUUAUUCCAACUGGGGAUUAUGUCUGGUGUAUGUCAUAGCAACCCUCUAUUUUAAUGGGAACUUCAUAGGUUCUGUAAUGUGUCCUGGAGAGUGUUUUUACUUUCUUAAUGAAGAUUGGUCAACAGUUGAUCUGGUACAUUCGUUUAUUUUUCCAUGUUCUGUUAUAAUCAUAUUGUAUACUUUAGUUUUUAUAAUUGCUAAGAAACAUGCCACUGCUAUUAGAGAGCUUAAUAAUCAUACACAGCCCAAAACAGAGAAAAUCAGCAUAAAUUCAAUGAAAUCUGAGAGAAAAGCAGCAAAAGUCCUCGGCAUUUUAGUGUCUGUGUUUCUAGUUUGUUUAUUUCCAUAUUUCAUUUAUAGUUUGUUAGGGGGUAUUAUUGAAAUACAGCCAGAAACCUCUCAUAAAGUCAUUGUUAUGAUUUAUCUUAAUUCCACCAUUAAUCCCUUUAUUUAUGCUAUGUUUUACCCAUGGUUUAGGAAGUGCAUUAAAUUAAUAAUAACUCUGAAAAUAUUCCAAACAGAUUCUGCAUUAAUUAAUGUUCAUUUAUAA